AUGUCGGCGGGGGGUGACGCGGCUGCGUUGGCUGCCUCAAGCGUCAACCAGGAGCAACUGAUACAUGAACUGGAAGGAAAGUAUCUUAGCCUAAAGAGCAAGCUCUCGCUGGUGGAAAGCGAGCGUCAUACUCUGGCAGCGGACAAGAAGGCAGCGCUGGAGGUGGCUGAGCGCGCGGCCAAGCUCGUAGCUGAGCGUGAAGAGGAGACUCGUGAACUGAAGCAGCGGCUGUUACAGCUCACGACAGAGAAAGAUGCACUCAGCUUCACGCUGCAGACAGCCACGUCACUGGCCGAGCGCCGCCUCUCGGAGGUGGAGGAGCUUCAGUCGACAGUUAGAGAGCACAACCGCCUGCUCGUGGACGCCCAGCGCCAGGAAAUGCAGGCUCUCGAGCGUGCAGCCAAGCAGGAGGCGCAAGUGGCACCCCUGACCCACGCUCUAGCCAGAGCCAAGAAGGAGACAGAGGCAGCCCAGCAGCAUUCGCAAUGGCUCGAAACACAGCUAAGUGAGAAGACCAAGACGGUGCAAGAACUGCGUCUGGAUCUGGCUAAGCACACGCACGACUUGGAGGAGCUCAAGAUCCGCAGCACGGAGGAGCUCACGUCGGCCAAGCGCCAACUCGAAAGCGCGCGACUUGCUAACAAGAAGAUGGAGAAUGCGCUGAUCAAGAGCAAGGAAGAUCUUAAGGAGCUGCACGCGUCCAAGGUGCACGACGAGGAGGCGCUACAGAACGAGCUCAGUGCACAGCGCCGUCUCGCCACUUUGUACCAGGAGUCGGCAGCUGACGCCUCUACACGCGUGACGGAACUACAGACGCUGUGUGACUCGCUGCGCAAGUCGCUGACGGACUCGGAGCAAGCGCUGGCUCGCGAGACGGAACGCACGAAGGAGCAGGUGGAGCAUUUAUUCCGCGAACAGGCUGAGGCUUCGGAGACUCGCAUCCAGGCUCUAGAAGAGGAUCUUCAGACCGCUGAGCAGAAGAUCCAAGAGCUGGAGAAAAAGAAGAUUUUCUCGCUACAGACAGCCAGUGCAGUGGCGGAGCUGUCGUCAGCUGCGGGUGAAGCUCACUUAGCAGCUCAUGGUCUGACCCCCAAGCAAAUGUACGAUCACAUUGUGGAGCUGGAGGAAACGCUACAAGCCGAGCGCAGUGAGAAGGACAAGCUGCAGCUCUACAUGGACCGGAUUGUGAAGGAAGUGCAGGAGAAGGCUCCUGUUCUGAUGGGUCUGCGGCUGGAUCACGAACGCACUGUAGCCAGUCACACACAACUGAGCGAGCGGUUGGAGCAUUGCAUGCAGGAGCUGGCAAAGAGUAAGAGCAACGAGCAGCAGGCCUGGAAGGAGAAGACCGCGUUUGAAAAGAAGUGUGAGUCGCUGGCUCAAAGCGUGGACGAUCUAUCACGUCAGGUACAGCACUUGCUGUUUCGCUCUCAAGAUCAGCACGAGCAAUUAGGCAACGUUGGAGCAGGUGACGUUGGAUCGGAGAACUUGGUGGUGUUUAGGGACGUGGAGGAACUGCAGAUGCGCAACCAGCAACUGCUGGUAGUGAUUCGCGAGCUUACGGAGAUGAACAAGUCUAAGACAAGCGACAAGUCAAGCGAUAGUGUAAGUGACGUCGAGUCUACGAACACGUCGGCGCAUCUGAUUAUCACGGGCGAAUCAGACGAAGAACUGGACCAAAUCGGAGCCUCCAACAUAAUUAAAAAGCGCUUGUCCAUGGCUCGUAAGGAGAUUCAAGAGCUGCGCAUUGAACGCGAACAGGAGCGCGAGAUGAUCACAGCUAUCGUGAAGCAGCGUGACAUGUACCGCGUCUUGCUGGCUCAGUCGGACACAAAAUUCCUGGACGGCAGUGCUCCGGCUGGGGCUCAAGAGAGUGCUGCGCCGGUGGAGCGACCUCGCAACCGUCGCGGAUCUCUUGACAAUAUCGAGAACAGGAAGCUUCGUGAUGUUCAGGCGGAGUUUGAAGACUACAAGAAGGAAAAGCAGGCCAGCCUCAAGAUGCUGCAGAAAGCUCUGGACCAAGAGCGCACCAAGAGCUCCGAGUCCAGGCUAGCACAGAUGCAAGCUCAGGUGGAAGCAACGUGCAACAAGGAGCGCUACGAAGCGUCCGAGGAACGAUGUGCCAACGCUGAGAACGAGCUGAUACGUCUGCGGUCCAAGACAGAUCAGCUGAGCUCGUUGAUCUUGCAGCACCAGCAGAUGCUCGCAACUUCUGAAGCCAAGCUGGAGACUGCGAACUCGCGUAUGCAGAGCCUCAAUGUUGAGAAAGACUCAGCUGUCCGUGAGGCGGACUUUUUGCGCAAGAACGAGGAGAAGAUCCAGCAGGAGAUGACGACCUUGCGUCUGGACAACACGAAUUUGCUUAAGCUCAUGGAGUCAACGCGUCGCAUGGAGACUGGACGCGAGGAGCGUGACCGUCGAGAGGUGGGAACCUUGACAAAGAAGGUGACGACACUCGAGACGAAGCUACAGGAAGCAUACGAAAAAUUCGACGCAAAGGAGGCUACUUCUGGUGCUCAAGCUCUGGCUGCAGAGAGGGAAAAGCAGGCAGCACUGGCGGAACUGGCGAAAUUGAAGGAGGCGCAGGGUCACUUGAAGGAGCAGCUUGUGCGACUGGAAGAGCAGAAGACGGCACUGGGGAGCAAGUCAGCGUUGCUGGAGAAGGAGGCGACGCAUCUACGCGAGCAGCUCCGCAAGGGAGCGAGUGCCGCAGCUGCUGAACGUGUAGCAAUGCUGGAAGUUCAGCUGCAUGAUGCUCAACGUGAAGUGCAGGCGUCGCUUGUGUCGAGGAAGACAUUGACUGAAAGCGUAACCAAGUACAAGGCUCUGGCUGAAGCGAGUGAGAAGAGUCUGGCCGAAUUAUCCAGUGCCAGUGUGAAGUGGAAACAGAGCGAGGCUGAGAAGGUGCAGACGCUCGAGAAGACUCGUGGCCGCUUGAGUGACGAGCUGGCCAAGGCCCGUGCAGAGCUGAAGGAACACAUCACCGAGAACAGCAAGUUACGGGAAGAGAUUGACCGAGUCGACCAAACACACAAGAAGUCCAUUCUCGAAGCUAUGGAGAAGCAGAAGAUGUUGCAGCUUCAAGCUGACAGUGCAGUCCAACAAAUGAACAGUGUGCGUGAAGAGAUGGGCAAGAUGAGGUGUGAGUUGGAGACCACCCAGGAGAACUAUGAACGUGAGCUACAACUGCACGCUGCGGAGGUGGCGAAGUCGUCAUCCUCUCGUCGAGAAAUGGAGGAAUUCCGCAGAUCUGUUCGUGAACGUGAGGCAGAGAUUGAAGCGCUGAAUGUCAAGGUGCAGUCGGUUGAGAAGGAGGCGCAGCUACAGCUUGAGACGCUGCAGAAGCGUCUUGACGAAGCAAUGGAAGCCAAGAACGCUCUCACGGAGCAAAACAAGCUACUGCACUCCCAGUUAGAGCGCGCAGCAGCCCAGGUGCGUCGUGCGCAUGAACAAGAAAUGCUGAAGGUAAUCGGCGCUCAGUCGUCUGCUUUGAACCAAGAGGCUGGCGAGACGGCCGCUGUCGGCUCUAACGCGCAUGAGAAGGAAAUCGACGACCUCAGGAGUGUGGUCGCUUACUUGCGACGGGAGAGCGAAAUUGCCGAGUCGAAGCUCGAGUUGUCCCAGCAAGAAGUUCAGCGUGGUCGCGCCCAGAUCUUCAGCUUGGAGUCGACUGUUGAGCGUCUUCGUGGAGAGAUGAAGACGCUUUCGGAUACAGCAACAGCAACUGCAACUGGCAAGCAGACGGCAACGCUUGCAACUGAUGAUGAGAAGCGUGUGGCCCAACUGGAGCAGCUGAGUCUGUUGCGUGAGAGCAACGCGACGCUGCGUGACGAGAACCAGAAGAGGUUGGCGAAGCUAAAGGAAGAGGAUGCGAAGGUGCGCAGUUUGGAGGCCAAGAUUGCGCCUCUACAGAACGCUGAGGCAGCUCUUAAGACCCAGGUGGCGUCUUUGAACCAAGAGGUCGUGACUCUCAAUGAUGCCAACAAACGCUGGAAGCAACGCGUGGAUCAACUGGUGGAGAAGUAUCAGCAGGUUGAUCCAGCCGAGUAUGAUAAGGUCGUCGCUGAGAAGGAAGCGUUGACGAAGGAGCUGACAGAGUUGAAGACCGAACAGAGCGCGCUAAAGGCUGAGCUGGAGACACUGCGUUCAAGUGGCGGGAAGGAACUGGACGAGGAGAAGAAGAAGGUCGAGAACUGGAGCAAGCAGUACGAGCGUAUCAAGGGCUUUGCGAAGAACUGGAAGAACAAGGCCGAGACUUUGACUAAGCAACUUGCAGAGAAGAGCAAGGAAGCGGAAGACCGCAGCGCCAGUAACUCCACACUGGAGACCAAGCUAAGCGCGGCUCAAGCGCAAAUCAACACAGUGACAGCGGAGAAAUCUGCACUGGAAAUGAAGCUGGCGGCGUGUGAAGCGGCGAAGCAGGACGGCGUGGCUGCUGCUAGUGGGGCGAACGCGUCGUGGGAAAAGGAGCGCCAGACGCUGAAGGCUCAGCUGGAGCUAGAGACCAAGAAGAGCACGCAGCUGAAGGACUUCAACGCUCGUCUGAUGUCUGGUCUCAAGAACUUGAAGAAGGAGAACAGCGAGCUAAAGGACCACGCAGCGAGUGUUACUCAGCCGUCCCAGUCCGCUGCGACACAAGAGAAGACCCCUGUGCCGUCCCCACCUGCAUCGCCCCCACAGGCGACACCUUCGAUGUCAGCUACACCCCCGACGAAGCCAGCUACAGCUCCCACGCCACUCUUUUCCCCACCAAAGCCAGCUGUCAAUUAUGUGUCGACGCUGCAGGCGAGCGCUACCACGUCGGACGCGAAGCCUGCUGCGCCGAAAGAUGCACUUGUGGCCACUCCAGCUGUCGCUGCUGCCUCGAACCAACCUUCCUCGUCGACUAGUACUGUGAGCACGACGAUGGCAGCUACGACCACCACGACUGCGAGUGCUCCCGUUAACGUUGUAUCUACCGCGAAGCCUGUGUCUGCUCUGCCUGCUCUAGUUCAAGCGACUCAAGCUGCUGCAUCUACAUCUACACCAGCGCCUGUACCCCUAGCUGCAACGCCUUUAAAUGAGUCGACUGAACCCCCCACGGACGAUUCUAGUGGUAUGACAGCAGAAGAAAAGCUGCGUCAGUUCGCUCUCCGGUCCAUGAAAAAGCAGGUGGGAGGUGUUGCUCGUUUCACCCCCACGAAGGUCCCUGCUCCUCCUGCUGACGCUGCCGAAGCCAAACCUACUGAGACCGAGUCCAAGACGUCAUUGGAGACUACCGGACCGUUCAAGUUUGGCUCUGGUUCUGGCUUCGGAGCGUUCGGAUCGGGUGGCCCGAGUGGCCUCGUGUUCGGCAAGCCAGGCAUCUCGUUGCCUGUGCCAUCGCCGCCGUCUCCGGCUGGCUCACAUCCGCCGCAUCUGUCGCUUGCUGAAGAAAGCGCGCCCCCUGAGGCCUUGCGUCGCAGCCAGCGACUCGCUCGCUUUGCGGCUGGCGGAGGAGACACCACCACUAGCACUCCUACAUUUUCGGUUGCUGGUGGUGUUAGUUCUCUGACAAAAAGGCCGCUGAGUGGCGCAGUGGAGAGCGCUGCUUCUGUGCAGAAGGUUGCCAAGACGAGUGAAGACCAGACGACAGUGACGACGAUCGCCACGACAGAGUCGGAGGGGAAGCAAGAGGAGGAUACCCCUCCCACACAAGCAGAUACGACGGAAUCGCAGUCGACACCACCGACGCUGUAA